GGAGAAAUCAAUAUCACAGCCAAUAAACUGGGAUACCUGUGGCGAACAUAUAAUACCACUGAACUAUAUAUAACACACUGUAUAUAGUUUCACUGAUAAUAAAUACUCGAACAUUGCAAUUGCUCAAGUUUUUGUUUACUAGUAUUUAUUUCUUUGAGUUCAGUAUGAGUUUACGAAGUAUUUUCAACAAAGCUUCACGUUCAGUUUCUCAGUUAUUAUGUAGAAAUCAGAGAUACCCUGCCAUAAUCCCGCAAAGAUUACGCAGUGAUGAUAGGUAUGAGUCACGAUUCUGGCAUGCUAAUUAGCUUUAUUUAAUUGUACUUUUAAAUUUCUAGGUUUCAUUGUAAAAUAGUGCUGGCAGAUAGUGCCCAACUUUGGAAUUAUAUAAUCAAUUUUAUUUAUUUGAAGCAAAGUAUUAACAUCUCUCACUCCAGUAUAACUGGCAGUUGGUUGAUCAGACCCACCCAAUAUCUAGUGGGUCACUAUUUGGACAACUUUUGUACCAUAUACAGCCAAUGCAAACCAUGCCCUGGUUUUGUCGGGGAUCCAUGCUUGCUUAAAUGUUCAUGGUAGUGUUUUUUCUUUGCUAGUUUGGACAGUUUUGAUGACAAUCCAUAUUCGUUUGUUGAUGAAACAUUUUUAUCAAUGAAAGGAAGAAAUGAACUUGAAAUUAAACAUUUAUUAUGGAUUGCAGCCGAUCUUAAGGAAAGAAUUAAAAAAUGGAAUGAGGUGAUCACACUAAAGACUCAAAAUAUCUGCAUACUGUUGUGAUUAAACCAUAUCCAAAUUUUACAGUACACACCUCCUAUAGUCACAACAUAGAGACAGAAGGUCGACUCAACCAAAAAAAGCGUAACUGCCGCCAAUGCCAUUAUUUGUAAUGAUUUGUCAUCAGAAUGCUGUUGCCAUGUUCCUAGCCAGUGUGGUUAUGAGAGGCAUUCACCCCCCUGAACAUUACCCAUUUUAAAGAUUUUCAGGGGGGUGAAUGCCUCUCCUAAGUGCACUGGCUAGGACCAAUGGGACCAUGGCGACAGCACUGCAACAAUCAUAGGCAAAACCAAGGCAAUUUCAGCUUAUGCCAAAAUCAUAGGCAAAACCAAGGUUCCUAUUCUGUGCUAUAGUAUUGACCCAUUCGGUGAAAUUCCUCCAUAAUCGUUGUUGAAAUUCAAUUAUAGCUAUGUUUCUUUACUGGUAUGCUUUUGUAAAUAUUUUCAAGACAAUCAGACCACUAGAAGGAAAGAGUGUUGCAAUGAUUUUCCAAAAGAGAAGUACACGAACAAGAGUCUCGACUGAAACAGGUCCUUUUUCCCCCAUUUUUAUUUUCAUUUCUGUCUUCUUCUUCUUGCUAUCUUGUUUGUUGUCUGAUGCCCUCUCACAAAAAUGAAAUCAGUAUAAAAUAGUCUCAUUCUGACAGGUGUUGCACUGCUUGGUGGCCAUUCGGUAUUUCUGACUGAAAGUGAUAUCCAUCUUGGUGUGAGUGAAUCAUUAGCAGAUACUGCAAGGUUGGUUUGAUAGAAAUUGAUAGCUUCAGUAAGUGUUGCCAGUAAAUGAUGGUCACCUUGAUAGGAGCAGGAUAAAAUUUAUAAGUUUCCACAAAUUACAAGACUACCUCAUAUAAGGAAAAGAAAAUUAAUCAAUGGGAGAGCGCUGUCAUUAAUUAAUACCAUUUUCACAUUAUGAAAACUGCAGAUUGACCACCAUCUGCUGUAUGAUAGUGCUUAGUUAAUAAAUGACAGUGAAACCUACAUGUUACUGUAGUUACACUCUACCACCACCAAUGUUUGAUGAAAUGUUUCCAGAGUUCUUUCAGGAUUUGUGGAUGUGAUUCUUGCAAGAGUUAAUGUUCAUGAUGAUUUGAAAACACUCGCGAAGAAUGCUUCAGUCCCAGUUGUGAAGUAUGUGAAGUAAUUCCCUUGAUUUUCAUUGAAUUAUUAUCACUGCAUGCCUCUGUUUUACAGUAAUUAGAAUCACAGUAAUUGAUUAAUUAAUUAGAAAUAUUGGAAUAUUACACUUUACCUUCUCCCUUUAUCUUUUCUCAGUGGUCUUUCUGACAUAUUUCAUCCAUUGCAAAUAUUGGCCGACUUUCUCACUUUACAGGUAAAGGAAUUCACUAUGACCACUCAGCAACCACAGGGGCCAGGGCUAAGCCAUAAAUUGCCAGUGUAGACAGGGAAGUGAAAAUUAAGAUCUUUGACAUUCCAUGUACCUGAUCUGUAGCUACAUUUGUACACUGUGAUUUAAUUAACUGUGAUUAAUCACACCGGUCUCAGAUCCAUUUAUAAGGAACUUGAAGAAUACGAAAUUGAGACCAUUUGGUAACAUCAUCAACUGAAAAUAUUCCUCACAAACAUACCUUUAGGUCACUUCUGUGAGGUGCUGAAGAAUACUUCUGUUUAACUUUAGGAACAUUAUGGGUAUCUGCAUGGCUUGAAUCUUGCCUGGGUUGGAGACGGAAACAAUAUAACACAUUCAUUAAUGAUGGCUGCACCGAAAGUGGGCAUCAACUUAAACAUUGCUACACCAAAGGUAUUGUAAAGAUUUACUAAAUAUAAUUGACUUAGGCUUCAGUCAGAAUAAUUUCAGACCUAAGUUGCUGUGUGGUGAGUCCAUCUAGUCGAGUAUAUAUGUUAAGCACUAUAUACAAGGGCACGUAACCAAGCAAUGUUCCUCAAUUUUUUCAUUUAAGGGCUAUGAACCACACACAGACUUAAGAAAGGCUUGUGCUGAGUUUGCUGAAGAGGUGAGUUAGUAUGUGAAGAAUGUGGGGUCCCCCCCCCCCCUCCCCUAGUGUCUGCCACUGCUGAUUUAUUAAAAUUUCCAGCAUGGUACAAGCGUGAACUACACAUCAGACCCAAGAGAAGCUUGUGCAGGAGCGAAUGUGAUAGUCACUGAUACGUGGGUGAGCAUGGGACAGGAAACUGAGGCACAAAAGAGACUAAAGGAUUUCAAGGGAUAUCAAGUGAACGACGAGGUAACAAGAGUGUGGUAUCUGUUUAUGUUUAUCAAAGUUCAUAUGGGAAAGCUUUCAAUCUGUACGCCUGGAUUUGCAUCAGUGCAAAUAUAAUAAAAGUAAUAUUAUGUGGAAGUCUUUACAAAAGUCUUUACACAACAAGGGCUUUGCAUAUUACAAAAAUUAAUGCCAAAACAACGAGUGACUGAAUGACAUAGAGAACAGUGGGAUCUUCAAAACAAUGAAAAGAUAAUGGAGCAUUUUGAUAAUUGGAUUGGAUGACAAAUGACAAUAUCAAUAUAAAGUGUGAUAUGCAAAAGGCUAUAAUAAUACUUCUCCUUGGAGUUUCAUAAUAAUUAAUAUAAAUUUCCAACAUUUAGCUGGUGAAGGUAGCAGCAGAUAAUUGGACAUUUCUUCAUUGCUUACCUCGCAAACCUUAUGAAGUGUCAGAUGAAGUAUUUUAUUCUGAUCAUUCACUAGUCUGGCAGGAAGCUGAAAAUAGAAAAUGGACAGUCAUGGUAAGAUUUGAUUAUACUAUUACUUACACUAUUGAAAAAUAUAAACUAGUCCUGACAGCUGAGAGCCGAGUUGAAUUACAAACAAUGCACCUUAUCACGGGGUGCUCACAGCUACGACUAAAUGAGCGAGGUUGGUUUGGGGCUUACCCCCACCCAUCAAUUCACCCUGUCAAUAUUCUCUGCAGGGAGGAAAGAGGAAACCAACAACUUUCAGUAGAGCAUUGAUGGAUGGCUUUCACAUAAAUUUCACAAGUUGACACUAACUCAGGCAAAUCUCAAUCUCGUUCUCAGAGUAUGCCUGUUCGCGGGUUAGGUAGUGGCACAAACAGGCAUACUCUGGGAACGAGAUUGGCUUUGUCUUAGAGCUUUCGUUGGUAGGGAUGCAUUAUAUUUUUCAGGUAGUUGCAUCCAUGCCAAUGAAAGCUUGUUAUAAUAUUAUUGGCACUACCUACACAGUGUAGGUACAGACAGUUCAAAAAACCUUAGAGCUAUCUGUUGUUAUAUGAUGAGAAAUCUUCUGAAAUUAAGUUGGUCCUAAUAAUUUUAUGCUUAUACUUUGCUACAUUCCAGUGGUGUAACAAACUCGAUAAUUGGGGGCAAUAUUCAUAUAAUUGUGUUCAGACUUUGAAAACAAUUGAUUUCAAAAGAAAUUAAUAAGGCAGAACACAAAUAUAUGAAUAUUGCCCCUCCCUCCCAAUUAUUGAGUUUGCUAUGCCACUGCUACAUUCUAAUAAAUAAAUUAUUUUUCAGGCUGUCAUAGCAAGCUUGGUGACUGACCUUGAGCCUGAAAUUCCUGUACCAAAGUGGAAACAAUAAAUCCCUAUGAAGAAAUUGAGAAUUUUUGUGUACAGAGUUUAAUUUAAUAUAGGCAAGGGAAAACUUUGCUUAAAGUAUUAAAAUAAGUUUGGUAGCACUUAGAAAACUUCUGUAAUGCAUAGGAAUGUUUAAUAAAAACAAUUACCUGAGUCUUGUAUGAACAUAUCUCUGAAGUUGAGUCCACCAUCUAUAAAACACUGACUGAAAUACAAAUACUCAAUCCUUGCUUCAUCUUCAAUAAAAAGUCGAUGCUCUAAAACUUCUUCAAAAUAUUUCAGACUAUGAUACGAGUGUACGACUUUAUACCCAACUUCUCUAUAUCUCAUCGGAUGCAAAAUGACAUGACAUAUAUAAACUGAUACAAUUUUAAUUCUGUUUAAAACAACAUGUACAAUACAUUUUUGAGAAUCAUUUAAAUACGAAGAACCUCUCAAUUUCCCUAGUCGGAUUUAUUUUCUUGAAUAAAUUAUGUAUGCAUGUAUUCUAUUAUGGUGAAACAAUCUUCCUUCGGUUUAUAUUUUAAAGAAAUGAAUGACUACUAAUAUCACAUUUUUCAAAAGGGGCAUAAUUGCAGCGAGUGAAUUAAAAUUAUAUACUUACAGUAUUAGUUACAUUAAAUAACUAACCAAUCUUAUACAUUUUAAUUAAUAAUGGGAUCUCUAAUUUACAGUAAAUGUAUCGAUAUUCGAGCAUGCGCUUAACUUAAUGAAUCUAACAUUUAAAUUGUGUGUUAUCACAAGUUAUGAGUAUAUAAAUUACCUAGUACAGCAAAACUGUUGACGUUUGCAUGUAAAGACGAACAAUGCCAGAAAAAAAUUCUAUUUUUUCACAUGAAACUUUAGUGCAUGGCUGCAGAGGUGAAGAACUUAGAGGGCAAUGGUACCAUCUCAAAAUUUAGUUGAAUUGAGAAUCCUGAUGAUACAGGGCAACUCCAAAAAUCAUAUGGAGACAGUGGAGCCAGCUAUAUAAACCAAGUGACUACCAACUCAAAAGUCCUAGGCUACCUUCACAUUUGUAAAACCAUGGAUAGUUAAAACAAUUUAUGAUCUCUGGUAAACCAUACAGGCAUGUUUUAAUGUUUGUAACAAGUAUGGGCAGGCUUCAAGUAGCUCAGCCAAUCAGCAUUUAUAAGGUGUCUGUUAAAAAUGAUUGGAUAAUUAUAAUCUGUCAUGUGAUGUGACCAUAGACAAUAUUUUUAUUUGGGACUAUUCGUCUUUGGAUGCAAACGAGGCUACACAUUCAAUUCAAAAGUCAUUUUACCUUCUCUUUACCACCACGUCCAGCACAUUGUCUAAGCUAUCUAAAUUAAGCCCAAAAUAAAACAAAGCUACACUCACCUACCCUACUUCACUAUCUGUUACACUGUGCUUAAUUUCACGAGCCCGCGAUCACUGUCUUGUUUCAAAGUAUCUCCAUGAUUCGAUGUAUCAGGGAUCAGCGGUUUCUUCUGUUCAGCUGUGUCAUUAUUUUCAACACUUGUGUUAGUUGGAGCUGGAUACAUGGUCUGUGAUAUUGGAGCAGGCAUAGCAGGCUAGUGGAAAAGAAGGAUAUUUACUG